GGACCGGGGGUCGUGUCGUUACACGCGCGUCCGCUAGUUUAGCCGGUUUCAGUAGCAGCGCUGCGCUCAGUCCGGUAACAGCCCACAGUCCGCCGGUAAAUCCCGGGAUUCGGGCGAUUUAUUUAAUCAUGGAGACGAUUUUAGAGCAGCAGCGCCGCUACCAUGAGGAGCUGGAGCGACUGAUGGACGCUAAAACUAAGGAGAUGCUGCACAAGAAAACCACGUUGCGUGACCAGAUUAAUUCCGACCAUCGAAUACGAGCAAUGCUGGACAGACAUAUGGAAGUAAGCGGAAACCUGAGAGACUCCUACGAUGAUAAAGAUGGUAUGCGGAAGGAAGAGCUGAGCGCGAUAUCUGGACCAAAUGAGUUUGCUGAAUUCUAUAACCGACUGAAACAGAUCAAGGAAUUUCACAGGAAACAUCCUAAUGAGAUUUGUGUGCCCAUGUCGGUGGAGUUUGAGGAGCUGGUGAAGGCCAGAGAUAACCCCAGUGAGGAAGCUCAAAAUCUGGUGGAGUUCACUGAUGAAGAAGGCUACGGACGCUAUUUAGAUCUUCAUGACUGUUAUUUGAAAUACAUCAACCUGAAAGGAGCUGAGAAAUUGGAGUAUAUCUCCUACUUGUCUUCGUUUGAUCAGCUUUUUGACAUCUCCAAAGAUAGAAAGAAUGCAGAGUACAAAAAGUAUCUGGAGAUGCUGCUGGAGUACCUGCAGGAUUACACAGACCGGGUGAAGCCUCUGCUGGAUCAGAAUGAGCUGUAUGGAAAAGUUCUGGUUGAGUUUGAGAAGAAGUGGGAGAACGGAACCUUCCCGGGCUGGCCGAAAGAAGCGAGCAGCGCUCUGACCCACGCUGGAGCUCAUCUGGACCUCUCUGCUUUCUCCUCCUGGGAGGAGCUGGCGUCUCUGGGAUUGGACAGGUUAAAGUCGGCCCUCAUGGCCCUCGGUCUGAAGUGUGGAGGCACGCUGGAGGAACGAGCACAGAGGCUGUUCAGCACUAAAGGAAAAUCUCUGGAGUCGCUGGAUCCCUCUCUGUUUGCUAAAAACCCCAAAGCCAAAGGGCCAAAGAAAGACACAGAGCGGAAUAAGGAGAUUGCUUUCCUGGAGGCGCAGAUUUAUGAGUAUGUGGAGAUCCUGGGGGAGCAGAGGCAGCUGACCCACGAGAACGUUCAGAGGAAACAGGCUCGUACGGGUGAGGAGCGCGAAGAGGACGAUGAAGAGCAGCCGAGUGAGAGCGAGAGCGAAGACGAGGACAACGAGAUCAUCUACAACCCCAAAAACCUGCCGCUGGGGUGGGACGGCAAGCCCAUUCCUUACUGGCUGUACAAACUUCACGGCCUGAACAUCAACUACAACUGUGAGAUCUGUGGAAACUACACGUACAGAGGACCUAAAGCCUUCCAGAGACACUUUGCAGAGUGGAGACACGCACACGGCAUGCGCUGCUUGGGCAUCCCCAACACCGCCCACUUCGCCAACGUCACCCAGAUUGAAGACGCAGUUUCCCUCUGGUCGAAGCUGAAGUCACAGAAGGCGUCAGAGCGAUGGCAGCCGGAUACAGAGGAAGAGUAUGAGGACUCCAGUGGAAACGUGGUGAAUAAGAAGACGUACGAGGAUCUGAAGCGGCAGGGUUUGCUUUAAGGCUCUGGAGUGAAGCGUAUCAGUAGUGAAUCAUGUGAUUCACUAGGAUCACAGUCUGUUUCCUGUAUUUUUUUUUUUACUCUGAUUUAAGCCGUUCUUGUGAAUCUGUUGAAAAUAGAUUUGUAUGUUUUUAUUAUUUGAUCAAUAAUCCCUCUGUUUAAUGAGAUCAGUACAGAUUUCAGUUUUCAAUAAAUUUGAACAUUUUUCA